AUUAUCUCCAUUCAUUACAGCUUCCUGAAGUAACUAAACAUCGUUCGGUUUGUCCUCUUCUUUGAUAAUUUACCUGCCUAAAUUGAUAAUGUCCAGCCAACGCGGUGCAGAAGGAGACAUUGUUGCUUUGGUGACUGACAAGGUCUUCUUUGAUAUUACAAUUGGAGAUGAAAAAAUUGGCAGGAUUGUAAUCGGUGUCUUUAGACAAGUUGUUCCUAAAACAGCCAAGAACUUUGUCACCUUGGCCACUGGUGAGAAAGGGUUUGGAUACAAAGGAAGCAAGUUUCAUCGAGUGAUCAAGGAUUUUAUGAUCCAAGGAGGUGACUUCACAACGGGGGAUGGCACAGGAGGUAAGAGCAUCUACGGUGACAAAUUCCCUGACGAGAACUUCAAGCUGAGCCACUACGGUGCCGGAUGGCUGAGCAUGGCCAACCAAGGCGAGGACACCAACGGAUCCCAGUUCUUCCUUACAACCGUCAAGACAAGCUGGCUCGAUGGCAGGCAUGUGGUCUUUGGCAAAGUUUUAGAAGGAAUGGAUGUCGUGAGAAAGAUUGAAAAUAUGAAGACGGGGGAUAAUGACAAACCUGUAAAAGACUGCGUCAUCGCAGACAGCGGCACUAUUGACGUUGAGAAGCCUUUCGCUGUCGCCAAGGCAGCAUCCGAUGAUAGUAGUUGGUAGAUGGAGUAGUUUAGCUUAGAAAUCAAAGUGUAUGACCUCGAUCCCUGAUUGUUUGACCUUGGUUUUGGGGUGUAUAUAAUUUCAAACUUGUCCAUCAUAUCUGAUUCUAAGGAAUACAUCUGUUUUAGUCAGUGUGUUGUUGUUCUCACAUUCUUAAAAAGUAUAGGUGGAAAUUCAUCUAGAUUCCUUUGAACUGUCAGGUAGCUAAUAGUUACUGCAAUGCUUUAUCCUCUUCCAUGGUAUUAACAACUAUUUUGCACGCAGAAAGAAACGCUGAAAAAUGAACAUGCAUUUGCAUGUAAGUGUAUCAUUAUAAUUAUUCAUAUUGUUUUAUUACAUCUUGUGAAAUAGUAUGCAUUUAAGCUUUUGGAACUUUGUGUGUGCAUUUGUAUGAAAGAAAGCAUUUGGAACUUGUUAUGCACAUGACGCCUUGUCGAAUACUCGAAUACUCUUUUUAUUUUUGUUUAACCUUUUAUACAGUAAUGAGAAAAUUAUCUGCAACUUAAUCUAACCAAUUUUGUUUUUAAUCAUGUCAACCACAACCUUUCUAAAGCUGAUCAAAUAUGGGACACGCACGGCCAGGCACUAGUGUAGGAAAUCUUUAAAUGUUAACCAGUUAUAUGACAAAAUAACUUGUCUGUUGCCUUACGAAAACGUAUAUAUUUAGUCAAGCCUGAAUUGAGUGGCAAAACAAUUAUUGUGUUAAAAGGAAAAAACUAAUUUGAUGACAUUCCAAAUUCCCCAAUAACCAAUACGAUUGGAGAGUGAGUUCCCGUUUUUUUUCUUUUUCAAAACUUACUCAAUAAACAAAAUAUUGAUAGCUGGCCCGGAUACUUCAGCCUCUCACGAAACGCAAGUAGGUGUCUCAGGCCCAGGCCUGAGGUGUCUUUCCAUUUUCAUGUUGUUGCUCUUUGUAUGCUAUUUUGUACGAGAGGGUGGAGUAUCCGCCUAUACAACUUUAAUCGUACAAAAACUACAAGUUGCCCUUUUUAGCAUGUUUGUUCCAAAUAACCUGCUACGUAUAACUUUGUAAAAGUGAUAUAAUAAACAACCAGCCUUUUUCCUCUGGUUCUGAACUUCACUUGUAAUCAUAUUUAAGUUAUCAUA